AUGACAGGGCAAGAGGCCAACCCACUCACGUCUUGGAUUUCAUCCUUGGUGGGAAAUUCUCCAUCCUCGGCAUCCAAAACCCCGGAGGGCAAGGAAGAGGAUGAAGACAAGUGGGAACGCGAACGAGCUUUUGAUAUUGCAGACAGUCUAGAAAAUGGCCUGGCACGAGAGAUAGUCACCGAGUUCAUGCAUCCGCUCCGAAGAGCCAGCAAGCUGUGGAAGUUCCACGUCAUCCGAUCUGAGGACAAGCUCCAGUACCGGCUGUUCUCGGACGACGGGGAUUUCUUGAUGUAUGCUCGAGCUAAUCUGGAGGCACGUCAGGUCUCCUUCUACCUCUAUAAUCCUUGCGAGAAGGGCGUGCACCUGUACAACGCAGACAAGCCAGCCUUUUCUAUGACAUGGAACACAGAUAGAACCGAAUGGCGCAUCGUGCAGGAAAGAUGUGAGAAUUGUCAAUUUUCACCAAAGCAUUUGACCUGCUCCUGCUACGGGAAGCAGCAGGUCGCGUGGAUACGGCACCAUAGAAAGCCAGUUGGCGACGGCAUCUUCAACUGCAUGGAAAUUCACGUGCCAGGUCUAUAUUCAGAUGGCAGCAGGGUGGUCUGGUGCCCGCUCCUAGGAAGAGGGGAUCUCUCUGUUCCUGUUGAUGAAAGCUAUGAGGCGCAACGACUGGUCACCAAGCAGCCGACUUGGAAUGAUGAGGUCGAGAGCCUUGUGCUGGACUUCAAGGGCAGGCACAUCCUCUCCUCAGCAAAGAACUUCCAGCUGGCACUGUCGCAGAAGCCUGACCACGUCCUCUGCCAGUACGGGAAAAUUGGUCCCCAAACUUUCAGCUUGGACUUCAAGUAUCCACUUAGUGUGGUCCAAGCCUUUGGGAUCUCGUUAACGACUCUCUUUUGGACUUGA